UCAGUAACAUUUACUUGGUCAGUGCACCUACUGAGUUGCUUCUGUUGAAAAGAAAGGCUGCAAAAACCUAACAUAAAGAGGGAGGAAAGCAAAUAACCUGCCGCAUUUUCAUCCGUAUUUCCCGCUAAUUAAGAAAUCCACAACGAUGUCAACAAUGAUGAGAACUCUCGACAUUCAAACGUCUCCCCCAUUAUUUCCCGAGAUCAUCGAAAGAAUCAUGUCUUUCCUCCCCACCGUCGAUCUUCUCACCUGUUCCAAGGUCAAUGCCACCUGGGAGCGCGAAGCUCGAAAAUUGCCACUAUUGCCGAUAUGUCGCCUUUCUUAACAGGCUUAAGUAGCCGACCUCCCCUGCCAUCGAUUACUAGAUUGGCAAUAUAUUCACGGCGUGUUAUAAAGAUGGCUGCUGGGUUAACUGUUGCAAAACUUGGCGCAAUUUUCCCCAACGUGACCACCCUCGAGUAUUUGUACCCGGACAGAAACGCCAUUGAGAUGCAGCUUCUCGCAAACCCGUUUCCUCGACUUACCGCAUUAAGGAUUAGAGAUUUAGAGUUUAAAGUUCCUGACGCAGAUAUUGUCCCCCUAACAAAUACCUUCCAGCCGGUCUGGUCAAUUACCAAGUUUGAAUUUAACGUCACUGGCAACGCUCCGCAUUUUGGGAUGAGCUUACUCCGAACAUUUGCCCCCACAUUGGAACACGUAUAUAUCAAUAAGAUGCACAUUGAACUCAUAUGCGACUACAAGUUUGUCUUGAUUCCAGUCAUGCCGAGAUUAAGGGGUUUUAGAAUAACUCUGUAUAAAGCAAGUGAAUGUAUGGGUUGCAACUAUGUGCUCCCACAACUACAGUUUGAGACUGAAAAUGCCGCCAAGAAGAUUGUUUACGGAAAGCAAUUCCCACUCUUGGAAAGGAUCAGGGUAGGGUUUUUAAGUACACAUGAAGACAGGGAAACGUAUUUUGAAACCGUUGCCAAAUUUCUGUAUGGGUCGUUCCUCUCAAGCGAUGUUUGUGAGACCCUGCACCACAUUGAUGUUCCACUUCCAUCCGGAGAUAGGUUCAGGUUGCGUGGCGAGAGGGGCUUAAGCUGUGCGUAUGGAGGAGAUGACUGUACUUGUUGGGAUUGGGAAGGUUCAGUCAAAUUUUUGGACCGAGUUGCAACUACUUUUCCAAACAUGCGGUACAAUAGUAGUUUUGAUGAAAUGAGGAGAAAUAUGAGACGGGCUGAGGUACAAAAGUGGAUUGAGAAUGGGAUAGAGUUGGGUGUUUUGGAUAGGCAAGAAGAAGGAUAUGGGGGGAGGGAUGAGAGAUUGGUAAAUAUAGAAAUUGGGGGGGUGAAGGUACGAUUAGUGGAAAGUGAGGAAGCCGGGGUGAUUUAAGGCGGCAUUAUUCAUUAUUCUAUCAAGAUUUGAGUCUAGUUUGUCUGGAGAGAAGGGUUUAUAUAAAUAAAUUUGGGAUCAAACUAUAAUGAAUUGUGCGUAAAUAAUUUUGCAAGGAGUAAAAUUUAGAUAUUUUAAUAAUUCUAAAAUGUUUAUGA